AUGGAACCAAAUACAUCUAGUAAACCUGAAAGUAAGGCUGACGACCUAAUCAACUAUGAUGAUGCCGUGAGUUAUUGGUCAUCUGUCCCUGCCACAGUUAAUGGCGUCUUGGGAGGAUUUGGCGAAACUACUCCUGUGCCCAAGGCCGACGUGUCAGGGUCUAUGGGUUUUGUUAGAAGAUUAGGACCCAGUUUAAAAAUUGGGGAGGGCCGUGUAAAAUAUGGUCUUGACGUUGGAGCUGGUAUUGGGCGUGUUACUCGCGAUUUUCUUUCAAAAGUAUGCGAUAAGGUUGAUCUUCUUGAACCUGUCGAGCCAUUUGUUAAAGAAGCACAUAACCAACUUGCUCCUUUGAAACAAGAAGGCAAGAUUGGAGAAAUAUUCCAGCUAGGCAUCCAAGAUUUUGAGCCUGAAGAAGAUAAGUACUGGCUAAUUUGGUGCCAAUGGUGCGUCGGUCAAGUACCCGAUAAUAUUCUUGUGGAAUUUUUAAAGAAAUGCCAAAAGUCUCUUCAGAAAACAGGCGGAAUGAUUGUUGUUAAGGAGAAUAAUAGCCCUGUGGCUGAUGACUUCGAUGAGACUGAUAGCUCUGUCACACGCACUGACGAAAGCUUUCGAAGAAUUUUUAAAGAAGCAGGUCUUCGACUGAUUAUGACUGCACUCCAAAAAGGAAUGCCUAGGGGCAUCUAUCCCGUAAGAAUGUACGCGUUGAAGCCUGACAUCCAACUGCAACAAUAG